UUCAGAAUGGACUCAGUUUCACUUUUUUCUUGUUUAAUUUGCAGGGCCUGGAAAGACAAUUUUGUAUUUGUAAUAAGGUGUAAUGGCAUUGAUGAAAGGCUAGUGAGUGACUUUUCCUAUAAAAGUGAAGUGUCACCAGAUAGAACAAGUUUGGCCUGUUUAAAAACUGAAAAGAGAAACAACUACAAGUCAACGAUUUUUAAUUUGUUUGUUUGGUAGGACCUGUCGUUCGUUGCUUGCUUUAUUCCGAAGAGUUUCAAUUGAAGCUCAAUUCUCUAUGCCCAUUUAAAAGCCACUGCACUGCACUGCACUGCACAUUGAAACUCAUGAUAACAAUAAAUUCUGCAAUUCUGGAAUUCCAUUUUAAGGAAACUAAAUUAUUGAUUGUCAAUACUUACUUGGCCCUUUAAACACUCACAAUUUCUACUGGGGUUUUUCUCAUUCUCUUCUUUCUUUUCUCUUUUAAUCGGCUUUUCAAGCAACUCUAACCAUGGAUAAGCGUCGCCGGAAGCAACCGAAAACCAGCACUAGUUGUUCUGAAGAGGUGAGCAGUAUUGAAUGGGAGUUCAUAAACAUGUCUGAACAAGAAGAAGAUCUCAUUUAUAGAAUGUAUAAACUCGUUGGGGACCGGUGGGCACUGAUCGCCGGACGGAUUCCAGGCCGAAAAGCAGAAGAAAUAGAGAGGUUUUGGAUUAUGAAACAUGGAGAAGGGUUUGCCAGUAGACGAAGAGAGCUUAAGAGACGUAAUUCCUAGUCAGAUUAGUUUGGUUAAUGGCAGUAUGUUAGAAAGUUUCAUUUUGUUUUAAUCUUUUUUUUUAGACUUCUUUUUUGUACAAGCCAGUGACGAAAUUAGUAGUAAGUAUUGCCAUUAAUCUAUGCUGUUUAAGUCCUGAAGCUUA